AUGAUAGAUGACUUGCAUAAUGACUCACCAACUACUGAAGUUCCUAUUACACCAACAUCAUCAGCUAAUGGUCCUGAUGAUAGCUCACCUGAAGAAUUUGUUCCUGCUACACAAGACAUUGUGCCUAUUAACGCAGCUGGAGCAGAACAAAUCGAUCAAAUAGGCCGAAGGCGACGACGACGUCGAAUUACAAGAAGAUGGACAUUUGGUCCAGGAACAGUAAUCUGUCAGAAAUGUCAAUCUCUAAUGUGGGUGGAAGAAAGAAUUCAAAGUAGUACAAAACAAAAUCCAAGAUUCAAUUUAUGUUGUCAAGAUGGCGAUGUUGUUUUGCCGUUAUUGCCUCAAACUCCCCAAGUUUUACAACAUGUAUUUACCACUCCAACACUGAAAGAGAAGAUUCGAUUGCUAAAUGCACUAUUCGGGUUUACAUCCAUGGGAGGCAAAGUAGAUCAUUCUAUAGUCAAUUCUGCCGGACCAUAUUCAUUUCGAAUUAGUGGAGAAAAUUAUCAUCUAAUCGGAUCGCUUUUGCCACCUUUUGGAGCAUUAGGUAAAUUCAUACAAUUAUACAUCCAUGACACUGAUAAUGAGUUGCAAAAUCGUAUGAAUCUUCUGAACAGUCAUGAUGGCAAUCCAAUUGGAAUUGAUGCAUCAAUAGUUGAAGGAUUGAAAAAUAUGCUAGACGAAAUAAAUCCAUACGUACAAGUUUUUCGAAGUGCAAGAGACAUGCUUCGAAAUCAAAAUGUUGCCAAUCUGCAAGUACAAAUAAUUAGUGCUCGAGGUGACAGACAAUAUAUCCAACCAACUGCAAAUAAAGUUGCUGCUUUGAUUGUCGGUGAAGAUACUGGUCAUGUCACACACCGCGAUAUUGUGCUUGUCACUCGAGAUGGAAAUUUGAAAAGAAUCAGUGAGACACAUCCAUCAUACAUGCCACUUCAAUACCCUUUACUAUUUCCAUAUGGAACAGACGGAUGGCAUUGCACAAUAAGAUUUUCACCCUCUGCCAUUAGGAAGAGAGAAUUUGUGUCGAUGCGUGAAUUCUAUGCGUAUCGUAUACAAUUUCGACAAAAUGAAGGCCACACACUUUUGAAAGGUGCCAAACUAUUUCAACAAUUCAUUGUUGAUUGUUAUGCAGCUAUUGAGCACUACAGAUUGAAUUUUAUGAAAAGCCAUCAAUCUCUAUUAUGUGCUGAUGUAUAUCAAGGUUUAGCAGAUGCUGUACUUGCUGGAGAUACAGAUGCAUCAGCUGUUGGAAGGAGAUUUGUUCUACCAUCUUCGUUUUCGGGUGGAUCCCGAAAUAUGAUACAACAUUUUCAGGACGCAAUGGCAAUCUACAUCUCUGUCAUUGAAUUCCAAAAACGUGGUUUACCACAUACUCAUAUCACUCUGACAUUAGCUCCGGAAGAUAAGCCCCUUACUACAGAGCAUAUUGAUGAAAUCAUUUGUGCCGAAAUACCUGACAAAAAUGCUGAUCCACUAGCUUAUGAUACGGUCAUCAGGUGCAUGUUACACGGACCCUGUGGUAAUGCUUAUCCAAAUGCUCCGUGUAUGGUGAACGGAAAGUGCUCUAAACACUAUCCAAAGAGAUUUUGUAGUGAAACCACUAUCGAUGAAGAUGGAUUUGUAUCAUACAAACGUAGAGAUGAUCCAAGUAAGAGGGUAACUAUUAAUGGUUUUACAUUUGACAACAGAUGGGUUGUUUCUUACAAUCGAGAUUUGAUUGUGAUAUUUGAUGGUCAUAUUAAUGUGACCAAAGUUGCACGUCCAGAAAUCACUAAAUAUCUGUACAAGUACAUGAGUAAGGGGGUUGAUAGAGCAAAUGUUCAGAUUGAGAAUAACGUUGUACUUGCAAAUGAAAGUGGUCAUCGUCGUUAG